AUGGCUUUCCUAACUUUGACUUCAGAAGUUCAAACUCCUUUCAUUAUCCCAGAGAUCUCGCCUGUGUCGCCAGCCAGCUCAAGAAAAAACUCCACGCUGAGUGUCAGCCCAGUGGCAACUAACGUCCCGGCGCCAAGCGGCAGGAAGGGAUCGAUCAGUCUGUUGUGA